AUGGGCCAAAGGAGACAGGCCAAGUUUCAGUAUGGCAAAUCAAAGACUUCAAGAACUAGCCCAGUUAAAUUUGAGAAAGAAACAAUUGUUGAUAGUGAUGAGAUUUUUGAUGCAGUCGGGCAAUCAAAAUUUGUUCUAGAGAACCUUCACCAUUACACAGUCCAUCCAAAUUUGGCCCAGUACUAUGAGCCUUUGAAGCCCACUGCACUGCAUAAAUUCCUGGCUCGAAACAGGAAAAUUCAAAGCUUCACAUUGAAAGUAACAGAAUAUGAUCAGGAUAAGACCUUACUGAUUAUGACCAACAACCCACUUCCCUGCCCAAUCGACCAUCAAGGAAAGGACAUGACAUCAAAAUACUUUUCCAGUGAGUUACUGCUCAAGGAAAGUCAUCAGCACAAGCCCACUGAGAACUUCUUCCAACCCCUGAUGUCUCAGAAAAAAAAGUUAAGAUCUGGGCUGAAACCAAUCUUCCCUGUGACACUGUUGGAGGACCCUAAAUCCAAGAGAGAACAAUGGUUUAGGUUUUCCACAGACAAGGAUUUCAAGAGUGAAGGGAAGUAUUCAAAGGUCUGUGCUUUGAGAAAACAGAAAAAAAUGUACCCUCAGCUCAACUUUGCUCCAGUCUGUAAAAGAGAUCUGAGGAGUGACGUCUCCAAGAAGUCAGGGAGCGACUUGCCAACUUCCCAGAUAAUUUGGGAACCAUUAACCCUUUCAUCACUCCUGGAAGAGAAGCCCACCAGAACCGCGCCAGGAGAGAGCGCGUUCCGCAACGGAAGGGCCCAGCAGUGGAUUAUAAAAAACGAUGAAAGCAAACCCUACAUGCCCCUCGCCUCAUCUCCAGAGACUGAGGGGCCUGGAGAAGUCGCCAUUUAG